AUGUGCUGGCUCGCCCUUGAAUUUUUGCCCUGGCCAAGGGGGCGGCAGAUGUUGCUGCUGGACCCGCCAUGCGACUCCGUUCAGUUCUCCGGAACGUGGAAUGUCUUCGCCAUCUCACGCCUGCUCCAGAGGUUUCUUUCCAGUUGUGUAGCCCUGUGGUAUACGCUGGUUGACCGGGAGCAGGUCGCGGGUCUGUACAGCCAGGUCCAAAGCCUCGAAGCGUGCAGCGUUCUCGUGGCCGAGCUGCAGCUCGAGAAGUCGAGGCCGCGUGAAGCUGCCCUGCAGGGAUCGGGACAGUGGUGGUGA